AUGUCAACCUUGCGUGUCUCACUGAGGGUGAAAGCAUGGAUUAUCCAAACAACUAUGCUGUUAUGGCUGGAUGGGGCAAAACUGAAAGUAGCUCAGGCGGUUUUAAUAAUACUUGCUCCCGGUUCUGGAAUACUUGUUCCAGGUUCUGAUGUACUUGCUCCUGGUUCUAAUAUACUUGUUCCAGGUCCUGAUAAACUUGUUACAGACGGAUUUGUUCAAGGAGGAAAAUGUUAUGAUGAGAUUGGCAGAAGAAUACGAUGUUUUCAUCCUCCAAAUAAACUGCAGCUAGCUCUGGCAAGAUCCCAAGCCGAACGGCGUGAGCUUAAAAUUUCCCGCGUCGUUCCGCAUCCCAAGUAUAACCCUAAAAGAGUAGAUCACGAUAUAGCGCUUCUAAAGCUGACAAAAAAAGUAACAUGCUCAAAAAAACUUAUGCUUGUAUGUAUCACUGAAGGCGAACACAUGGAUUACCCAAAAAGUCCUGUUAUUAUGGCUGGAUGGGGCCAGACUGAUGGUUUUAGAGGUGGAAGAAAUCCUUAUUUAAAACAAACUAAGUUAAGAGUUAAGUCACGGGAAAAAUGUUCGAUUUCCACAGACACUGACGAUGUCUUGUGCACAAUCGGAUCGGACUUUGGCGGUACACCAUGCAAGGGUGAUUCCGGAGGACCACUGAUGUACGUCGAAGACGGAAUAAAUUACAUAACCGGAGUGGUUUCUCACGGAACUGCAGAUUGCCAAAUGACGGGCGAAGUAAAGUUUUCUAAGGUGACUGAUCACCUAAGAUGGAUACGCCAAUAUGUACCACUGGAUGAAGUUAAGAAAUAUCAAUAUGAUGAAGAUUAUUCUUUUUAACAGAUACCUGAUUGUGAUUUGCUGAUACUCUCUUCCAAGUAAACUUUGAGCACUGGUUGUGAUAUCAUAGCUACGGAAUGAUUCAAUUGCCACUUUGCUAUGUGUACAAGUAUCUCCAGUUAAAAAGCAGGCUUGAAGGCUUAGAUUAAAGAUUCAUUAGACAAUAAAAAAUUUUGAA